GCCUGCUUUCAAGCGUCUGCACGCUGUCGCACAGGUCGCGUGGAUGAAAAGCCUCGGGAAGCAGAGAAACGCCAUGUCCGGGGGUGUCUCCUCGCGAAAUACCAAGGGUCGCCUCUUUUUCUCUGUUCGUGACCUUCCUCCUUGGUCUUCUUUGCUUGCCUGGUUCUCCGUUCCUGUUCCCUUUCCUCUGCACCUCUCUUUUCGCUUUCUUUCCCCUUGUUCCCUCCCCUUUCUCCCCUGGGUCCAUCUUGUACGUCGUUUUCUCCGUCUCGCCCAGACUUCGCUGUUCUAUCCGUUCUUAAUCUUCGCGUUUGCCGUAAACGCGUCGACAGCUCCUGUGUAGAUUCACGGAACCUGCCGCAUGCAUCCGUGCUCACUCGCGUCUCUCUGCCGAUUUACCUGUAUUUUUUGCCUCUGCAUGCAUGCUUGUCCGGCACACACGGCUACCGAGGCGCGUUGGGUCGUCCGAGACUCUCAGCAGAGUUUUCUUUUGAGCCGAAGGUCGAGGAGAGAGAGGAGAUGCUGCAUGUUGUCUGACUGAUUCACUGAGGUCCCUUCAAAAACGGGAGUUUCUUUAGGAGCUAGAAAGUGCGAGAGAGAAAUUUUCAAAAAACGCGCCCCUGGUGGCACAGUCAGCAAACGCCGUCUGGACACUAUGUGCAUGCACCGUCGAUAGGCGGAGCAUUUCAAGUCCGCCGGGAUGCAGCAUCUGUCUGCGCGCCUUCCCGGAGCGGGGGCGCCGGCCCUGUCUCCUUCGGGCGCGUUGGGCGCCACUGUCUGCUCUUUCUUCAGCCCGCGCCUCGACGCCACUGGAGACCGCGCAUCUCCUCGCGCUUGCGUCUCUGAGAGAGUCUUGGAAGGAGUGCAGGACGUAGAGGAAAGAAACGCGUCAGAAGGAAGCGUAGACGGGGGAAGAAGUGGAGCAGGAAACCUCGAACUCGCUGGGGGUCACUCUCCCCUGGGGACAGGCGCAGGCGCCUCUGCCUCCGCCGAAGAGGACCGCGUAUGGCUUACCUUGGGUUCUCAGAGAGACUCGACAGAAGCGAAACGAACGCGACGAACAGGAGUCAGCGAGGAAGGGCGUCAGGUUCGAGAUGCCGCUUCUCUCGUUCCAAGGGAGAGAUGCUAUGGCUGUUGCGCGUCUUCUUUCUUUCUGUGUCCGAGCCGUCCACUCCUGGAGGCGGCCCUGCAGAGAGACGGCGAAGAUGACAGUGUGUGGGGAGACGUAGAAGAAGGCAAAGGUCGGGAGGAGGAGACGCAAGGCGCAGGCGAAGAAUGCAUGCAAACCGCCGACGCGACCGCUUGCUCUCCGCUACAUGCUGCUGCUCAGAGUCGCGCUUUCCACGGCCUGUCAUUUUCAGAGAGAAGAAACCCAGGGAUCUAUCCAGGGAAGAAGAAGAAAACGAACAUGAACUCGCCCUAUGCAGAGACUGCCGCCCCACGGUUCCCGCGGCUCGAUUUUUCCUUGGCCAAGGCGCUAGAGAGACUCGCUUCGUUCCAAGAGGGACGCGACAUAGACCUCCAAGCUGGGCGUCCUCUCGCUUUGGAGCCCAACGCGCCCGAACGGCACUCGGCAGGUGUCUCCGUUCUCGACGGGGUGACAAGGUCCGUUGCGGACGCGUUUCUCCGCGAAGAGACGGCGCGGGCGCUGGUCAAGUGCGCCGAAGCGAUGAGCGAAAAUUUUCGAUGUUUUCAUGAGUAUCUUAGGCGUUUUUGUAACGGGUCCAAUGCCCGCGGUGAGGAAGAACAAGAUGUCAGAGACGAGCGCCUCAGGCCGCCAGGCCUUUUCUUCGAUGGGGAGACGUCCCUGAAAGCCGAUGUCUUCCUCAAAAGCGCUCCAGGACUCUCUCUUCAGGCGAGAGAGAGGAAAGCGCGAACCACAGGCAGGCGAACGCCAUCGGCAGCCACACACAUAGAGGGCGCAGAUCAAUUACGAGACAGAGAGCGCCUCUUGGCCUCCUACGCCUUGCGACACAGAGACGCGCUGGCAGCCACGAUGAACUAUAUCUUCGAAUUGCACUCCGCCUCUCGAGCUCACGCACUGUCCGCCGGCGACCCGGCCGCAGGAGGCGAAGGCCAGGCAGAAGGCGAAGGCCAAGCAGCAGACAUGUCACCGAAGAGAGAGGACAACGUCGAGGUCACCGCCGCCCUCGAGAGUCUGCGUCUAGCCAUGAAGGCAUGGGAUAUCGCCAUGAUUUCGCUCGUUCUCCCUUCUCGGCGAAGACGCUUCAACCUCAUGGAGUGGCAGCGCCUCUGGUUGUGUCGCGUCGGAUCCUUCUCGACCGCGGGGCCUUCCGCGAGCUCCAGAGAAGAAGACAUUUGGGCUGACGUCGAGUCCCUGGUGGUUGAAGAGCAGGAUGGAGCGUGGACUCACGCAGACGCCGUCAACGUAGCAUGGCGACUCAACAAACGUCUCUGCAGGUUCCUCUGCCGGGCGGACUUCUCCUCCUGGCUGGCCGCCUGCGACCGCCUUGGGCUCCAGAACGUCCCCUGUCUCCUCGGCCUCGUCGCCGCCGUCCAAAACCUACAGCGGGUCUCAACGCUCGAUGGCAGAGACUCAGGCAACAACUCGGCGUCGCCGUCUUCUCGCGAGGCGGCAGGCGUCUCACAGGUGGACGAAAACUUUGAGGCAGCCGUGGCGAGUGCUCGCGCUACAGCCGCGAGAGUCGUCUUUCUGUUCGUCAACACCGCGACGCCUGCUGGCAUGUCAAACUCGGAGGCCCCGCUGGAGACUGUGGGGGAGCCGCCUCUCUCUGCCUUUUCACUGGGUCCCGAGGAGCAGCGAGCAUGGGGACUCCUCUCGCUCUCUCUUGCGCUGAUGGUCGGCAACGUCACCGCACCAGUGGCUGCUGUCUUCGACGUUUCAGAAACCUUUCUCUCUUCUCAGACAGACGUCUUCCCCUUUUCCCUCUCUGCCUUGACCUCGUCUCACUCUCCCCUCCUCGCUUCUUCAGAGCGUCAAGCCAGCAGCAACCUGCCGUCUUCUCCUUCCUCUCAUUUUGCUUCUUCUUCGUCCUCUGUUCGCCGGCGGGGGCUUUCCUCGUCAUCGGCGUCGGCGGGAGACGGCUGGGCAUGCGCGCUGUUACAGGAGAGUUUCAUCUCGUCUCUGUUUUGGUCUCUCUUUCCCUCGGUGUCUCUCCACUCGCAGUUCCUGUUUUUCCUCAGGGCGAACGCGCCGACGCUUCUCGCCCUGCAGGCCCAGGACGAUCCACGGGGACAGGACGGAGAAGGCAGGAGGCGGGGAGACGAGCGCGGCGGACUGGGAGGCGGAGGCGAGCGUGGAAAGGGUGGAGGGGAACUGGAGGUCUGUGUGCAACCUGAAAGGGAUAGGGUGCAAACGGACCACUGCGCGAACGUCGAUCUGGCGGCGUUCGAUCUCGACGCAGCCGACCGCCUUGUUCUCGCUCUCUGGCGCUCGCAAGGGCACCCAGAAGGCACGACGCAGAACGGCGCGCUCCAGCUGCUCCAUCUGCUCGUGGAGGACGCGGGACUCGCUUCUUCGUUUCCUCCCUUCUUCUUCGCCCACAUUGUCGACCUUCUCUUCCUUGCCGACGCCUUCGCUCCACUCCCGCCGGGCGUCGCAGCUGAAGCGCGAUGCGACAUCGUGAUGGAAUACGGAGCCUCGCUCCUCGCACAUAACCAGGUGCAUGCAUCCGUUCCUUACCUCCAAGAAGCGGCGCGCGUCCCUGCACUCGUUCCGGCAGUUCUUGAUUUGCUGCGAAGAUUCCUCGCCUCGUCGGUGCACGCCUUUUCGGACUUCCGAGAUCGCGCGGCUUCUCUGCAGGACUUGGAGCUUCCCCCGCCGCCACCGGGCUGCCGAGCUGCGGCUUCUGACAGCGGGGCCACCGAGGACGCAGAGGCAGAGAACAAGAGCCUUGGAGGGGACAUUCAAAGUUUCAACUCAUCCCUCGAUCCCUGUGCAAUUCUUCUUCACGGCUUCUCCCAAGCUUGCGGCCUCACUUGUGUUGCGGAGGCUCAGCGAGCGUUGUCUUCUUCUGGGCGCCGUUCUUCUUCUCUGUCUUCUCACACUGUGCCUGCUUCGGCAGUGGCGCCUUCGUCGGCGGCUGCUGGAGACGAGGAGAGCGAGCGCGCUCUUCUCCUUCUUCGAGAUAGCUUUUGCUUUCUGCUGUUUCGUGCUCGGCGGAGAAGCCGGCGCUCGUCCCUGGCGUCUUGCCCUUUCUCUCCCUCUUGUUCUAGCGAAGGGGAAGACGAAGAAGAGAGAGAAGAAUGCGCUGCGCUUCAACGACAGAUGGAAGCGCUCGACCGCCUACUUCGAAGGUUUUGCCGUCUGGGCACUCGCCACUGUGCGUGUCUUCUCGCCGCCUUGAGCGGGGACUCUUCGCCUUCUGUCCCUCCCGCGGAGGCGUCUACUGGGCUUACCGGGUUGUCACCUUCGAAGUCGAGCUCCGAGGCGGCGCGCCUCCUGGAGGCGUCGCUGCGCGCAGUGGCUGCUGCUUCUUCAUCGGCCGCCGUGGAUGGCUUUGGUGACUCUGCGGAGGGGACCGACGAUGCAUGCGACUUUGGACGCACAGGUGGAGAAGGGAGACAGAAGCGCCGUCGCAUCCAAGUUGCAGCGCCCUGCGGAACCUGCUGCGGGGGGCAGGACCCCACAGAGUGUGCUGCAGAGGAGACAGAAGGGAGAGACGACCUGGAUCUCUUGGAUGCCUGUGCUCGGAGCCAAGGCGUUGGAGGAGACGCGUCGCUUCCCUCUCUCCUCGUCUUUCUCGCGCUCUAUGCGAAGAGGAGACCCGCGCUGGAGCGUUUCCUGCGGAGACACGACGCCAACGACUCAGCAUGGCUUCACACGGCUUCUUCUCUCAUGUGUCUGCGUGAGUUCAUCGUUCCUGGAUUCGUGGCCCUGGUCGCCUUUGUGGGGUCCCCGCAAGUGUCUCCUUCGAUCCCGGCCUUCUUUUUGGGGUGUCUCCUCUUCGACGCGCUGCGUCUCCUGAGGCUCUGCAGUACUUCCCCCACUUUGAUCGGCACAUUCAAGCGCAGAAACCUAAGUCUCCUCUCCACGUCCUGGCGGAGAUGCUUAGAUGCAAUCCUCCUCCAGACGACGUCUGACGAACAGUGCUCAGGCAUUGACUGGAGAAGUCCCGAACUGCAGCGAACCAUGGUGAACGCGCUCGUCCUCGCCGAGUCGCGGUGUGUGGCGUGAAGGCGCGCCUUGGGAGUCCCCGUCGGAGACAGCAGACGUUUCAAAGUCGCUGCAUCGGAAGCCGGCGCAUGCGAAGACAACCAUCGUUCCGAGGAAGGCGACACACAAAGCCUUGUGACUGGAGGGAAGAUCAUAGAGCAGAGGAGCGCACUCACUCUGGGCUCGCUAACGCGCCUGUCUUUAUUUCGGCUGCGUGGCUAAGUCUCCCUCGAGGACCGUCCUGAGCUAUAAUGCCGUCUCCGUGCAUUCAGCAAACAUAUCCGUUUCUGUGGAACAGUCGGCGUGGAUGCGUGUGUUCUUUUCACGCUGCUCAUUGUUUACGGAAAAAAACAGAUCUCUGUGUCGAGCCUGGGUUUUGUGGUUUCGGGGCUCUCACUUUUCGCUGUCUCGUGAUGUCUCUGGCGGUCGCGUUGGUGUUUCACCGACUGGUCCCUGUGUCGCUGGCUUCCUGGUCUCUUGCGCCGCAUUUUGACUCUGGAUAUCUGUCGAUAUUUUCGAGAACGAGAGAUCGUUCCUGUUUUUGUCUCUCAGUGUGGAGAGCCUCUUUUCCUUUUCAGACGCGUAGCCGGGGGCCUGCUGCCUCGCAAACCACGAUAAUCGUGC